UUUGAUUUAUUAAAGAAUGAUAAAAAAUGAUAAAAUUUUGGUUCAAUGCAAGCAACUUUUGGAAGAUAGGAAUAUGACUGAACUUUUAAAGAUAUUAAGCUAUGAUGAAAAUAGGGAAUUUGUUGUUGGCUCUGGUUGGGAGCUUAUUGGUUUAUUAUGUAAGCAAGUAGGUUAUGACUCAAACGACCAAAACAGUUUCAAUUGUAUAAAACUUUUACAAAAGGCAUGUUCAGCUAAAGAAAUAAUAUUAGGGCUAGACCUGGAAAAUUCCUACUCAGAGAAUGCUUUUUUUGUUGUCAUAACAGUUUAUACAGAUGCUUUUUUGAAGUUGCAAAGAGGGCAAGCAGUGCAUUUGAAGAGUAUAUGCAAAAAUAUAGUGGAACACCUUGAUCAACUGCUUCAAAAUUCAAAAAAUGUUUCUUCAAAAAACUAUCAGCUUAAAGCUAUUAAUGCUUCUAAUCUAAAUCAGAUUUUAGUGGUUGUUAAAAAGUAUGAACGUUUCUGUUUUUCUUUGAAAGAUUUUGUUUUAAAAAUCAGUGAAAAACUUAUACAUGAAAAGUAUGACGAUUUAGAAAAUUUUUUAUCUGAAAAAUCUAUAAAACAAAAUGGGUGGAGUGCAUAUGAUACCGAAGCAUGUCGCAAUAUUCUGUGUGAGUUUGUUUUUAAGGUAUUGGAGCAACUUAUUGAAUGUAUACCAUUGUUGAAACACCCAUCUAUGAUAGAAAUUAAAAGUUGUUUUACUGUUUUUGUUGAUUCUGUUUUAAAAAUGAAAAGAAUUGCAGAUAUGUUUGGGUUUUAUGCUUCAAUGAAAUUCGAUAUCUCAAAUGCACUUUAUAAAGCAGAAUCAAGUAACAAAAUUUUCAUAUAUAAUAACCUUGGUUUUACAUUGUUUAUGUACUUAAUCUACAUUCAUGGACUUGUUUUUCAAGAAAUUCCUCUUGUCUAUAGAAUAGAGAGUAUUCUUUUAACUGUUAUGCCACAUUUAAACAUGAUGAUAAAAAGACCAGAUGCAGUAUCAUUUGAAAUAGGAAUGGAGUUCCUGUUUUAUCUUUUGAGUUGUAUUUCUUGUAACGAGCUUGAAAAAGAACAUAUUUUAUAUAAGCAUCUGUUAAUGGGCUUCUACUUUGUUAUGGUAUGGGGGGUUAACAAAAGCAGAAGAGAAAAAGCGAAAGAAGCAUUUGAAGAACUGUUGCAGAAAUUUAAUGCUCACUCAAAAUUCGCAUUAAUUAGUCAUGUUUAUGAAAGCAGCCAUCAUGCUGGUAUGGAAGCGCUGUGUAUCAGUUUAAUGAACAAUUUGCUAAUGACUGAGUACCCAGAUUUUGAACAGUGCCAAAACAUUUCAUCUUUGGCAUUAAAAUAUAUUGAAUUUGUUGUUGGUGAAACUCACAUUCUAUUGGACUCAGAUAGGUUGCUUGCUGGUUUAAAUUUUCUUCGAUUUUGGUUUCUAAAAGAUCCUUUGCAUGUAAACAAGACUGGUAUUUGGAGUAAGACUAAUGAAAUUGAGAAAUGUUUAAACAUACUUCAGCAUGGUAUAGAUAUUUCCAGACAUGAGUUUGAAGAAAUCAUUAAAAACGGGCUAUCAAAAGCAGAUAUGGAAAAGUUACAAGCUGUUUCAAAAAUGAUAUCGGGUGGAACAAGUUUAAACAGCAUGGAAGAUACUGAAAAAAUAGCGACUAUUAAAAAAGCAGCAUGUUUGCUCGAAUUGAUGUCCAGCAUUGUUGCUAGAAUUCGAGAGAUUGCAUAUAGCUAGAUGAUCGCUCAAAAGGUUUUUGGACGGUAAACGAUUUCAUGUCAAGUUUAACGCAUUUUUCGUUUAGACGAUAAUAUUCAAUAAUUUACUGUCUGCAUAUGUAAAAAUAUUGUUAGUUGUGAAUGAGUAACAGUAGAACGCAGUGACGAUAUGAAAAUUUAAUCAUUAUAGCUGUUACCAUGCAUCUCAGGUUAGCUUUAAAUUGCCACUUUGCUAAGUUCCAGGCUUUUUUAAAUAACAUUGUAAAUUUUAUGAGAAGCUAUAUAGAAGGAUAUAUAUUGAAAAUUGAUUUAACUUCAGAAAAUGUUGUUUAAUAUUUUGAUAAAAAAAAUCAUAGAUUUUA